GAUUCAGUACCUCUAGGAGUUCCAGAGAUCCAUGAAGACUUAUUUUAGAAGCUCCCUGUGGCACACUUAGGCCGGCAAUACAUGGCCAUUAAAACGGAUGCUAACUCUUCGUGUACGCCAUCAUAACGAAGAAAGAAUGAGGGUCUCGUCAAAACUUAACUGCGCCUCUUCGACAACGUUGCACCCAAUGGAAUAACUACACGACCGGCAGAAUCGGGCUAUAACUCAAAGAGCUAUGACUUCUGAGUCACAAUAGAUAUUGCCCGUGCCGCUCAAGCAACACUCUAUCAUCGCAUCCCACCGCUGACUCUCUUACACUCUUAGGGAGUUUCACACGCAUACGCAGCCAGGCGCCAGCUCGGCUCAACCGCUAAAGUUUCGCACCGCUCGCUAUCCGCCACACAUUUCCCGUCCACAAGAAUGCGCAGCAAGAUGGCCACUCUCCUCCAGCUCCCUCGGGAGAUAGUGUUCCAGGUACUGGGAGCCGUAGCAGAUGUCGACAUACGGGCCUUAUUCACCGUCCGAAGAACUUGCCAGUUGCUGCAUCUUGUCGCUACGCAUAUCAUCACAAAAGACAUGCACCGCCGCCAUGGUAUCGCAAUUCACCGGUUCCUCCAGUCACAUUUCCUGCCGAUAAUGGAUAGUUCAAAGGCUGGUGCUAAUGAUCAGCCAGCGUACCAGGACGGUUCCAGACCCUUCUACAGCCUGCCUUGGGCAUCAGAUCCUGAAAUACGACUGCGGUACCUGCGCAGGGAAGCGACAUGGCGCCAAAUCCCACUGGUUUCAUCCUCAGGACACCUCAUAAAACGGAUGCAGACUGUCCAUCAAACCUGCCCUCACUGGGACGAUGUCAUUUCGGAUUUGGCUGGAGCCGAUGUGACAUUCUACAUAUGGGACGAAGAGGGCGCAGCACAUUAUUUCUUUCCACAAGGGAUACCACUCGGCUUUUACUACGAUAACCUGCUAGGCUACUUUCUCGACCUGUUAAAAGGAGGGUGGAAGCUGCUUCCCGGUAUGCGGGUCGACACGGACGCCUUUCUGGAGCUGCAGGAACGCCUCGGGCGAACUACCAAUACCGAGGUCAUGAGGACAUUUAUGAAGGACACACAAUUCGCAGUGCUCCUUUUCCUGGGAACACCGAACAACGGAUCCAGCGAAAAGAGAAAGGAAGCAUGGAGACCUACACAGCUCGGUGAUGACUGGAACUCCGUUCUCACCUUUAGUGCACAACGGAAUUUCACCAAGGAACAGUCGGAGAUUUGGGCCGUAAAGCAAUGGGAGUAGUUUGAUGUGGGUUUUCCUAAUACUGGUGUAGUUACAUCAUGUUUUAUGGGGUCGAUCCGAGGGAGUGUCCAUCAGACCGCGGGGGCAGCACUUCCACUGGGGUUUUCACA